AUGGAGACUGCCGUGGACAUUAUGGUGUUUGACACAGUUACUGAGACAUUCCGGUGGAUGCGCAGUCCUGGCUGGUUGGGCCGUCGGGUGUCGUUGUUGGAGAUGGACAACAAGCUUGCUUCAUGCAUCAACAAUGAUGCCAGCAUAGAGAUUUGGGUGAUGCAAGACUAUGAGGCUGAGGUCUGGGCCUUGAAAUACCGGAUUAACUUGUUAGCGAUGAAUACAUCACCACAGUUCAAGUUUAUUUCUAAGAUGGCACUGCUUAACCAGUGUGAGCUGCUGAUCUGUUGUCACACUCCAUCAGGGGGUCCUGAUUAUCUGUUGCAUUGUGACACUGACGGAAAGUUUUUGGGAUAUUACGAAAUGAAAGAGGGAACAUGUUCAACAUACUUCACAAAUCAGUACUUUCAAGAGAGCAUGAUUCCACUUCCGUUCUGUGAGAUGCAAGAAGAAGGUGGUGUGGAUAAGGAGCCUCCAUUCUUCAUAGGGCUAUAA